GGAGCUUGGACUUUUCCUCCUGCAAGCUCAGGACAGCCUUACUGGACAUUACCAACCAAGCAAACAUUAAUCCUAUUAUUCUUCUCAGGCUCAGAACUUGGCUCUAGCUUCUUAAAUUCCCCUUCACUUGCUCAGGUAGAGAAAGUAAAAGCAUGUAAAGAGGAGGCGAUAAAACGACGGAAAGAAGGAAGGAGAGCUGGCAGAGGACUCUGUACCUGAGCUGUGCAGCUGGUGUUUUUUAACUGGAUGAGAUGUCAGAAAUGAUGGAGAAACCGGCAGAAAACCCAGAAGAGGACAGAGCGUCCCUAAAGAGCAACGGGAAUACGCCGAGGGACGGAGUUGUGAAGGAGACGCUAGGUGUGCUUAAGACGUUCAGGAGGAGCAUACGGAAAGCGGCAGAGAAAAGUCCACUAGGGUCGAAGCUCGCACCAAAAACAGACACGGAUGAUAGUGAGUCGGGGUCACCGCCACCGCUGUCACCCAGUCUGAGCACCGGCUCUCCUGUGACCUCUCCUCUGAUCUCUCCUCUGAAGAGCAUAGGGGGCUUUUUCCAGAAAAAAGAGGACGAAGAGGGUGACAAUAUUUCUCUGAAAAGCAAAGGCCUGUCCCGCUCCAAAACAGAUCCAAACAUGACCAAAUUGGGCGACUCUCUCAUCAAAACAGGAGCGUCGAUCCGCAGGAGCCUAAGGAUAGGCUCUAAGAAGGACAAAGACAAAGCCUGCAGACAGGAGUUGCUGGGCCCUGCUACUAAAGGCACAGUGGAGGAAAAGAUGGAGGAAAAAGAGGAGGAGGAGGAGGAGGAAGGGUGUGAAGAAAUGGAGGAGACCUAUACACUACAAGAGUUACCACACACACCACUGUCAGUGAUGCAGAUCAGUAAGCUGAUAGAGAUGGAGGUGUUGGAGGAGGCUCACCUGAACCUGCUCGCUCUGCGGCUGGAGUUCCAUAAGGAGGAGGAACGCUGCAGCGAGGACUCCCCCAUGGAGCUGGCCAAGAAAGAGAAAGACCUGAACCUGCUCUACGCAGACUUGAGGAAUAAGAUGAACACCAUUGUGCGUGACUCCAACUCCCUCCCCUCCAGAAACAAAGAACUGCUGGUUUUUGUGGCCAGGAUCAUCCAAGAAGAGGAGCGGAGAGCCGAGGAACCCGGCGGGCUACCGGACAGCUGGAUGGAGGCCUGGAGAGAGGCGGUGUGCGAGGGCGUGCAGGUGAAGGUGGAUAAUGUUCACCUGGAGCAGCGGGAGCAGAACGUCUCCUGGUUGGCGCUUCACCUGGGUCUGCUGGGAAAGGCCAUCGUGGAUGAUUUGGAGAACGUGAAGAAGCAGCUGAGGUGGUCGUACCCGCCCAGCUUUAAAGUUUUCAGCACCUAUGUGGAGAGUUACCACCGGGUCGUCGGGCAGCAUCUGAAGAAGCUGGAGCAGCAGACGACGGAGCAGAAGGAUCUGUACGCCCUGCUGGAAUGGAUCAUCAACCGCUAUAAAAGCGAGAAGGUCAUGGGAAGUCUCUCCCUGCAGCCUGACAUGAAGGAUGAGAGCACGGAUCUGCAGCUGGAGGAAGACUUCCUAAAGCAUCUAAAAGAAAAAUACUGCUGCAGAGUGAAGGAGGACAUGAGAUCUUCACUGGAGCGACUCAUUGACCUGGAGCAUGAAGAAGUUUGGAGCAACAGAAAAAAUCCAAAAAAGGAGGAGUACUAUCUCAACUCUCAGAUUGACAUGGACAUCUGGAUGAAAGUGAAAGGAAAUGUUGUGCACUCCAGAGUGAUUGAUGCUCAGCUGGAAAAGAAAGUGAUCUCCGCCUGCCUUGAAGAGUUAAAACAGUUUCCUAAGAGGUUUGAAACUGAGUUCGGACGUCACUGCAGCACUCUCAGACCGCAGCCUCUUUGGACUGAGUAUCAGAUAACCUACAUCAACAGCUUCACAGCUUUACAGCAGCACAUGGAGGGUUACCAGGCUGCCUGUCCGCAGGAGGUUGAAGGGUUCAAAAGAGAAGUGAAGUGGCUGAUUGUCAAGCUCACACAGGACCUGGAGGACCAGUUCAAAGAGGAUGUCAAGCCCUAUCUGAGAAGAAUGAUGACCAGGAAGUGGCUCACCAAUGACGAGGACUUUAAAGAGCUUUACAGUCGGACAUAUCAACUCUCUAAGCACUGCACUCUCAUGAAGCCUCCACAUGUCCAGGAGUUUGCAAAUCGAUUGCACUUCCACGUGGUGAAGGAGUACAUCGGCCAGCUGAUGAAGACCAAUUACUCCUGCAAGAACCGCAAACACGAGAGGGCAGCAACAAAGAUCCGAGCGCAGUGGGAAAAACUCAAAGAUCUGUUUGAAGACAUGCAGUCAACUCAUGAAUGGCUCCACGACGUAGGAGAUGAUCUGAGCAACAUCCUCAUGCAGAAAAACAAGUCAGACAUUAAGAACCACCUGCAGCCUUUAGUGGAGCACUAUCCAGACUUCAGUAAGAAGCACCUGGUGGCUGUUCUGUAUUUCAGAGGCAUGAUGAGAGGCCGAGAGCACCAGCUGAUCUUGCAGAGAUUCUCAGAGCUGAAGAAGAAAGUGGACAGCCCUGCAUGCAACAAGGACAGGGUUUUAUUCAGUGACAUGCAGGUCACUGUAAACACAGACUGUCUGUCUAAUCUGCCUUUCUCCUGCCUCAACUUCCUGCUGCCUGUCAACUAGAGCAACGAGCUGAGAAGAACUUUUCAAGCUCAAGAUUAAACUCACUGUUUGUCUCUGGUGGUUUGACACAAUUCAACUGACUCGCAGACAUCUAAACUUUAUUUAUCUUUACUUUUGCACUGGAGCUGCAAAGCUUAGUCGACUCAUUGCAAGGCGGAUAAAACUAAACAACACACUAUUUUAGCAUCAGCUGAUGAUUGUAGACAUUUUUAUGAGUAAAAAGCAACAAAAAACAAGCUCUAGCUUCUUGAGCAAGAGUUUGCUGUUGUUCAUGAAGUAAAUGCAGUCUCUUGGGGCUUUAGAGUUUGGUUUGGGAUAACACUAGAGCUUUGAAAAUGUCCACAGGUGCUUGUGUUUAAACCUGGUACGAGUCAUUUUGACAUUUAGGUUUAAGGAUUAUCCAGGUGCUAUUCAAAAUACCUUGCUAACAGCAAUAACUCUCAUGUAAAGUCUCCAAACCAACAACAGGGCUCGUAAAAACCAUUUGAACGAACCAAUGGACUUUUAAUAGCCUCAAAAAUGAAUUGAAGCUUUUAUCUCUUUCUCUCACUAUGACAACCUGUAACAUACUGGAUGGAGAUCGGUUAUCAAGCAAGACAAGGAGUUUUCUCAUAGGUAAGCAUAUGGUGUCAGUGUGGGGUCUUCUCUUAGGAUAUAAUGACCAAAACAUUUGUAUAUGUAAAUAUAGAGAUAUAACAGCUUAUCUUUUAAAUAGAGUUUAAAUUAUGUUGAUAUUGGCUUGUGUAAAACAGUUUUAGUUUAGUUUGUUGUCUUAAAGAUGCAUGAACUUGUUCCUCUUCUUUCAAAGCUUGAGUGUGUUGAUUUUGGCGCCCCCUGUGGACAAAAGUGGUACAAUUUCUUCUAAACUAAUAAUGACCUGUUCAUGAUUAAAGAGUAGCUAAUGACUCAGGCCACUUUUUCAGAUGAAAACCUAUAUGUACGAUAUUUACUGGUACUGUUGAUCAGUUGGGGUCAAAUCUUGACAUUUUAGCAUGAAAUAUUUAAAUUGUAUACUUUUUGUUUAAAAUAUGUACAGCAUCUGCUCUCUGCAGGUUGAAACCGUCUACUGUCACUGAAUAUUUCUGAUAAAUGUCUCCUGGCUGAUCUCAUGCUUGGUGAUGUAUGUGGUGCCAACUUUUGUCACCACAGAGUUAACAGCUCCACUAAUCAGAGAUCUCUCUUUGACAUUGUUGGGUUGUGGGUAAUGUGGCGCUGUUGCCUGAGAUUGUGAAUAAACUGUAUUUCUUAAAAGAAGUUAGAUAAUAUACUUGCUUGUGUCUUCUGCAUUGUCAUCUGUCUUCAUUUCCCCAUUUAAACCGUCAUUUUGUGGAAAAAUGACCUCA